GACCAAUCAAGCAGUAGCUUAAAGGUGAAAGCACAGGAUUAUGUUUGUCUAUAGGAAAAAACACAAAUCAUCACGUCGGCUGUAACUCUAAAGGUUUUCUGUAUGACAGUUUCACAGGUUCUUCGUUGAGUUGGAUGGGUCGGUUAUCUGUGUGAGCAGAUCCUGUCCGGUAACAUCAUGGCCCGCGCUGAGGAGCAGUCUGAGAAACACUGCUGGGUGUGCUUUGCCACCGAUCGAGAUGACUGCAGCGCAGAGUGGGUCAGCCCCUGCAGGUGUAAAGGCUGCACCAAAUGGAUCCACCAGUCGUGUCUGCAGCGCUGGCUGGACGAGAAGCAGAAAGGAAACAGUGGCGGCGCGGUAAACUGUCCACAGUGUGGCACCGAAUACUGCAUCAUCUUCCCUAAAAUGGGCCCACUGGUGUUUUUCCUGCAGCAGGUAGACAGAGCUCUGUCCCGUGCGAGUCCCUUCGCUGCUGUCGGAGUGAUAGCUGGGACUGUAUACUGGUCAGCAGUCACCUAUGGAGCGGUGACAGUCAUGCAGGUGGUGGGACAUAAGAAAGGUCUGUUUGUGAUGGAGCGGGCAGACCCUCUGUUCCUGCUCAUGGGUCUGCCAACCAUCCCUGUGCUGCUGGUCCUGGGGAAAAUGAUCCGCUGGGAGGAUUAUUUACUGAGGCUGUGGCAGAGGUACACCUGUGAUCGCAGUCCUGCACCAGGGGGCAGCAGUUACCAGCCCCGCUUGCGUCCCGAGGGGCCCGGUGCUGGAGAUCACCUGUCUGUGUCCAGGACUUUGUGCGGGGCUCUCAUCUUUCCCUCCAUAGCCAGUCUGGUUGGACAGCUGCUGUUUCGAAGGGUUUCUUCUAACCUGCAGCGCACCAUACUGGGGGGCAUUGCAUUUGUGCUGAUCAAGGGUGUGUUCAAAGUGUAUUUCAAACAGCAGCAGUACAUCAUGCAGGCCAACAGACACAUUCUGAACUAUCCAGAGAGACACAGGAAAGGACAGACCGAGGAGGGAGAGGACGACGCAGAGGACAGCGGGAAUGUGUGACUUUUUACCUGGAGAACAAGGACAAUGAGACAGUUGGUGUUGAACAGCAGUGUAGCAUGAAGAUUAAUGUUUUAGUAGCUAAGCAGAGUUUGGGUCCUGAAUGGCCUUUCUUGCCUUACAUUUUCCCAAAUGCACUUGAAAAUGGAUGAAGUGUCUCAACUUUAAGCAGUGCCUGAUCUGCUGUGACCUGAAGUGUUGUCAUGACAAUUAAAAACUGCAGAUGACAGGAAGACAUUUUAUAUUUGCCUUAUGUGUUGUUCACACACAUAAGGUUAAGUUAGUUGUAUGCAAUUACCUUUACCUUGUUUCCAUCGGUGCUCAUUGAAAAUUGUCAAUAAAUGACUUCCUUCCCUUCUUGGUUCUGAUUGGUCUGUCUGUGCCAUCCUAACUCCUUGUCUUUCCUUCCUUACUUUAUGUGCUAUCUUGUUUUCACCCUUCCUCCCUUACCUUUCAGUUUCUGUUUUUUUGCGGUUCUUUAUUUUAAACCUGCCUACAAUAGAACUAUAUUCCAUUGAGUCAUAGUAACUUUAUUUUUUUUUUAAAUGCCUACGCUAUCCUGAAGCUACGAACGGGUAAUCAUUUGGUUUUUCAGGCUUCCUGACUGACUACAAUGUUAACAUGAUCACUGGAUUUUACUUUAAAAUACUUGUUUUGCACACUGUUCUCUGGGCUUUUAUUGUGGCUCUUCUUUCUUUAUCAAAGUUUAUGUGGAGUUGUCUCAGUCUAAUCUACAGAAGACAGAGGCAGUGAUAUGUUUUGGGAAUUGUGUUCAUUGCUGGAUUCACACUGCUGUAAAUAAGAAAAACAAACAGUGUCUUCUACAUUCACACCUCAUCGUUUAUAGCUCAGAUGCUUUAAAUACAAUUUCAUUUUUGCCAAAUAAAGAUGCUGAAGACUUUAAA